CCGCCGAGCGUGGCCCCUCCGCGCCGCUCGCAAGGAGGCUCUGCAUUGACGUCACAAUGACACGGUGAAGCCGAGGACAGGAGCUGGGAACAGUUCUUCUGCUUCACUUUUGAUAACUGAGUGAAUUUGUUGCCACUCUGCUCGUUCCAGCAUGGCUAAGAGUGCAGAAGUGAAGCUGGCGAUCUUUGGUCGAGCUGGCGUGGGCAAGUCAGCUCUUGUUGUACGCUUCCUGACCAAACGCUUCAUCUGGGAGUACGACCCCACACUAGAGUCUACAUAUCGUCACCAAGCUACCAUUGAUGAUGAAGUGGUUUCCAUGGAGAUACUAGACACAGCUGGUCAGGAGGAUGCCAUCCAGAAGGAAGGCCACGUUCGAUGGGGCGAGGGCUUUGUGCUGGUUUACGACAUCACGGACAGGGGCAGCUUUGAGGAAGUGCUGCCGCUUAAAAACUUGUUGGAUGAAGUCAAAAAGCCCAAAAACGUCACCCUGAUCCUGGUGGGGAACAAAGCAGACUUGGAUCACUCCAGGCAGGUCAGCACCGAGGAAGGUGAAAAGCUGGCCACAGAACUAGCUUGUGCUUUCUACGAGUGCUCUGCUUGCACAGGGGAGGGCAACAUUAUGGAGGCCUUCUAUGAGCUGUGUCGUGAGGUGCGGCGUCGGAAGAUGGUCCAGGGCAAGACUCGGCGGCGGAGCUCCACCACUCACGUCAAGCAGGCCAUUAAUAAGAUGCUUACCAAAAUCAGCAGCUAAAAAGAAAGAGAAGUACUAAAGCCAGAGAAGCAUUUAAGAGCAUAUUAGCUUGGAGUAGGGACGAGGCAGGCAGAGCACAUUUAAUUAAAAACGGUCAAAAGCUUUGCAAUUAACAAGAAAAAAAACCAAAACUAGCAAAGACAAACUGCGCCACUCUCUGAGCAACACAGGUUCAGACUUUUUUUUCCUCCCUGUUUCCAGAGUGUAUUUAGCCACAAUGCUUUUGGCUAACAUGGAAAAUAAAAAAAUAAAAUAAAAUAAAAAUUUUUAA